UCCGCUGAGCUGUGACCUCUCAUGUCCGCGUUACUUCCGUGUUCCGCUCACCUGUUACACCUGUAUUACAGCGCUGUGCCGCGAGCUGCUCCCCUGCGCUGCCGGUGCACCUGUUGCGUUUUUUCUCAUUGGAUGUGCGUGUGUGCCAUGACGGAGGAGUUCAUAACGUGUGAUUUAACAUGCUCUUCUCCAUCGGCUGACUCGGAGGAGACUUUGAAGCCUGUGAAAACCGCAGAGAUGGAGUGUGAGCAGCCUAUUUUCUCCGUGUUGAGCGACGGUGUGAAGCAGCAGAAGGAGGCGGGGGACACCUCGACCACCACCACCACCACCAACACCGCUACCGACGCGGAGUCCGGGAUCUUCUCUGGUGAAUGUGAGCUCUGUGUGGAGCAUGAAACUGAGCUGGACUGGUUCUGUGGCACCGAACUGAAACUCAUCUGCUCUCACUGCGCCAUCGUGGGCCCCUGUCACGGACACACUGUGACCCCUCUGGCCACCAGAGUAACCGCAGUCAGGAACCAACUGGUGGAUGUGUGUGAGAAAAUACAGCUGCAGGCAUUGAGGAUUGAAAGGUUUAUCGACCAGACGCUGACAGCCAAAGAACAAAAGCUCCAGACAGCGGCAAGCAGGGCGAGGGAGCAGGUAGUGGCUCAGAUCAGUGCAGCACGAGAGGCACUGGAAGAGGAGGAGCAGCGUCUCUUGGAGGAGGUGCAGAGGGAGGAGGAGCGGGUGGAGCAGUGUCUCCUCACCCAGAGAGCUCACUGGAGCCAGGCUUUGGAGAGUCUGUCGCAAACACGCUCCAGCCUGGUGCACACGCUGACGCACACUCCAGACGCGCAGCUGGUGACUAGUGUCCAGGAGAUCGCUGAAAGGGUGGAGGAGACGGAGGGGGUUGGAGAGCCCUGUGAUACAGAGCAGCUUAACCUGAACCCAGCCUGCAGUGACAGUAAGCUGCUCAGAAGUCUGUGGGCCACUGCAGUACUGCUGGGACCAAACGCUUAUGGAUCAUCUAAUUUAAAGUUUGAUGAGCGCACAGUGAGCCCUCUCCUGUCUCUGUCUGAUGACUUCUGCACUUUGACCUUCGCCCACAAAAAAACUCGCCAGUCCCCACCCUACGACCCAGCACGAUUCGACUGCUGGCCCAAUGCGCUGGGUUCAGUACCCAUGUCCUCCGGCACCCACAGCUGGGUUGUGGAUGUAGGCCAGAGUGCUGCCUUUAAGGUUGGGGUCUGCUACUCCUCUCUGGAGCGUAAAGGCUCAGGGAACGAGGCACGGCUGGGCUACAACAGUCAGUCUUGGGUGCUGUCCCACUAUGACGGGGACUACUCCUUCUGCCAUGCAGGGAAGAAGGUGCCCCUGCAGGUCGUGAAGAGACCUCAGAGGAUCGGCCUGCUGUUGGACUGGCUGAGUCAGACGCUGAUGUUUUACGAGCCGGACUCAAGUGCCGUGCUGUACUCCAUCACACAUCACUUCAGCGCCCCGCUGCUACUAGCCUGUGCUGUGACUGACCGCAGUAUCACCAUACUGCACUGACACACCGCACACACUGCUUAAAGAAUAAAUGACCUUAGACAUGUGAAAAAAUGCCAGAGGCGACCUUCUGACGACUUUAUGAUGAGUAAAUAUGAUCAGUAGCUCCAUCUAUACGAUAAUGACAAUCCUCAAUUUCUAUUUAUUCUGUUUCCGUUUCUAUUAGUACCAAGUUGAUUGUCUUUUUUUACUCUUUUUAGUGAUUUAUUCUUUUCUUUAUCAUAUUAUACAGUAGUACUAUAACAGUAUUUUUUGACUGACAUUGAUUGUUUUGUUCGUUUUUAAUAUAAUUGUUUCAUCAGUCACUGGUUGAUCCAGAACUGUUUAUUAUAAUAUUAUUUGGAAAAGAAACUCACUACAGAUCAAUUUGUAUUGUUGCUCAGUAAACCAGUUAUUGUUAUUACA